ACAGAUUAUGGCAGAUGGCAACGCACAGUUGUGAUGAGCGGAACAUGAGAGGAGAGAGGUAGUAAAGGAGGAGGGGACAGAAACUUUGGGGAGCCAAAACCUUCAGACAGGAGAUUCUGCGCAUCACACAAGCAAGAUCCACGGGAUAACGGGCUGGUACAUGAGACAACGCACAGAAAACUGGCGAACAGAAUAGAACGUGGGGCGGGGAUUCUAGCGUGAGAGGCCUGGCGGAGUUCACAGAGUUGCGAGGAAAUCAUAGGAUUGAUUGAGACCAUCUGCGAUGGUUAACAAAGCCAUAAAACUAGAGAUAAUACGUUUGUUCGAGUUCAACGAGUGCGCGAGUUGUUCACAAAAAGAGAAAAAUUCUGAUCCGCGCUUGAAGUUGGAGCUCAAUGCCACACCGAAGAGCAGCAGUCGUAAGUCGAAACGAUCCAAACGCUGCAUGGCGUGCGACGCCCAGAUCAACUCGUGGUCGACGAGAUGCGAAAUCUGCGGGUUUGAGCUCGAGCUCGAGGAGCCCCGGCCGAUGGCGCGGCCCAGCAACGAGUGGACGCUGAAGCGUUUGAAGAUAAGAACCCCGCAAGGAACCCGUGAGGUCAAACUCCCGAUGCCUUCAAGUGCCCUGGAUGGAACCACCUGCUUUGAAUGGUUGUCAAUGCCCACAUGACAUGUCAUCCUGGCAAUGUCCAUGUCAAUUUUAGUGUUUUCAUGUUAAUUUCCUAUCCUUUAAUGACGUCUCUUGAGUGUUAUUUACCACAACCCAGCACGUGCUAGAGCAAGCAAAGUUUUUCUCUUUCAAUCAUUACAUUAUCAACAAUUCUCU